UAUAAUUCGCUAUCUGGGUUCUGUUUCUUCAAUGGAGAUUCUUCAUUCUCCUCUUCACUUCUUCAUCUUCAUCACGUUGCUUUCAAAAGCAGCAGAGCUCAGCAGAUCAGCUGACACGAUAACUCUGUCUCAGCCGGUCAGAGAUAACGAAACUCUAGUUUCAGCGGGAGCAAAGUUUGAGCUUGGAUUCUUCAGCGCUGGAAAUUCAUCUAAUCGGUAUGUGGGCAUAUGGUUCUACAACAUCCCAGCGAAGACCAUUGUCUGGGUAGCAAAUAGGGACGAUCCAAUCAACGGCUCAUCAGGAGUUCUGCAGAUUGGGACAGGAGGGAAUCUAAUCAUCGUUGAUGGAACAGGAAGAGCCGUUUGGGGGUCCAUAAACACAGCAAAUCUGACCUCCAAUAACGUGGCUGCGCGGCUUCUGGACUCUGGGAAUCUAGUCCUGAUAGAUGAAAACAACCAUGGUUCGGGGAAUUUCUUGUGGCAGAGUUUCGAUCAUCCUUUCGAUACAUUACUAGAAGGGAUGAAGCUAGGAUGGGACCUGAGGAUCGGUUUGAAUCGGUACCUCACUUCCUGGAGGGAUUUGGACAAUCCUUCCACAGGAGACAUCACAUACGCAGUUGAACUGCAGGGACUGCCCCAGAAGUUCCUCCGCAGGAAUGCUUCAGUAAUUGAACGAAGUGGACCUUGGGAUGGUAAUCAGUUCAGUGGAGUGCCGAUGAACCCGAAUGCAAUCAUCAAUCCCAAGUUCGUGAUGACUGCUCAAGAAGUGUACUAUACUUAUCAACUCAACAAUGAUUCCACCAUCACAAGGGCAGUGCUCAGCCCCUCUGGCACGCUUCAUCGCUGUGUCUGGAGCAAUAACAUGCAGUGGACAGUCAUAUAUGAGCUGCCGAAUGAUUCCUGUGACGAGUAUUCAAAAUGUGGGUCUAAUGCUGUGUGCACGAUUGGUGAUGCCCAGAUGUGCAGCUGCCUGACCGGGUACACCCCGAAAUCACCCCAGGAAUGGGCGAUGCAUGUUUGGUCCAGUGGGUGCGUUAAGAAGAAGCCCUUGAAUUGUCCUAAAGGAGAAGGGUUUGAGAAGCUGGAGGGUGUGAAGGUUCCUGAUAUGUUGAGUUACUGGGUGAACAAAAGCAUGAGCCUUGACGAAUGCAGGGCCAAGUGCCUGAAAAAUUGCACUUGCACCGCAUAUACCGGGAAGGGUAGUGGAUGUCUGCUUUGGAAAAUAUCAGAGGUGCAAGCUGGGAGUGAAGACAACUUGGAGCUGCCUAUACUAGACUUGGAAGUCAUUACUAAAGCGACUAAUAGCUUUUCGUCUCUCAAUAAAAUCGGAGAGGGCGGUUUUGGUCCUGUCUACAAGGGUCUAACGUCCGAUGGAGUUCAAAUAGCUGUCAAGAGGCUGUCGCAGAACUCGACGGGUUGUGACGAGUUCAAGAAUGAAGUCUUGUUGAUUGCAAGACUUCAACACCGAAAUCUUGUCAAGCUAUUGGGAUGCUGUAUUGACGGAGAGGAAAGGAUGCUAGUAUAUGAAUAUAUGCCAAAUGGAAGCCUUGACUCGUUAAUAUUUGGUAAUAGAGGAGGUAAUUCUCUCGUGUGGAGACGGAGGUUCGAUAUCAUUGUGGGUGUUGCAAGGGGACUUCUGUAUUUACAUCGCAACUCAAGAUUGAGAAUAAUUCAUCGAGAUCUAAAAGCUAGUAAUGUAUUGCUGGAUAGUGAGAUGAACCCAAAGAUAUCAGAUUUUGGCAUGGCCAGGGCUUUUAGAGGAGAUCAACUCCUAGAAAAGACGAAAUGUGUAGCUGGGACUUAUGGAUACAUGUCUCCAGAAUAUGCAAUAGAUGGAAUUUUCUCAACUAAAUCGGAUGUUUUUAGCUUUGGAGUUCUAGUCCUAGAAAUAAUUAGCGGCAGGAGGAACAGGGAAUUUCAUCAUCAUGAUCACAAUUUUAACCUUCUUGGACAUGCCUGGAAAUUAUGGCUUCAAGGGAAGGCCAUCGAACUCAUAGACAGACAAAUGGAGGAUUCAUUUCCAAUAUCGGAAGUUAUCAGGUGCAUCCAGAUAGGCCUCUUGUGCGUUCAACAAAGUCCGGACCAAAGGCCGACCAUGUCAUCUGUGCUUCUGAUGUUGGACAGCGACAGCGCCUCAUUGCCACAGCCCAAGCAACCGGGAUUUUACACGGAAAGGUUUAAUGAUCAAAUAGAGGUCGAAACAAGCGAGUUUACUAUUACCAUAGUCGAGGGUCGGUGAAGAUCCACGAGAUUUUAUGCACACAAAGUUAACAUGUAAUCGAGGUAUGAGCUAUUCCAUUGUAGAUUGAGAGUCUAGUUCACGGUAUAUCUGCAUGAAAAUAUGAAAAGAAUUUCCGCCUUCUUUGGCAAAGUACUCGCUCUUGAGAAUGCGCCUGGUGUACACUUCUCUUUCCCUGUAUGUAUGUAACUCCAUUCAUAUUGACAAAUAAAAACGCGUCUCUUUCGGAAGAAAA